GCAGAAGGCUUGUUGCUCUCCCACCUCCCACAGCUUCGACUCAAUCAACUUCUAGCAAAUCCAAUCUAGAACAAGGAUGGAAGCAAAAAAAUUCCCUCUUAGAAAGAAUAUGGAAAAAAUGGAAAUCUUCGUAUCUUCUAGAACUAAGAACAGCCCACCAGUUAAAGAGACAGAAAGAAAAUGUUCUACCAACCAAAGACUCAACCGUCCUAGUGUACGACGAGAAACUUCCUCGACUCAUGUGGAAAAUGGGGAUUGUCACCUGUGUCCAUCCUGGACGUGAUGGAAAGACUCGAUCGUGCACAAUUAGACUUUCUAACGGAACUAAUUUAAAAAGACCAGUUCAACUACUAUAUCCUUGUGAACUUGGCUAA